AUGUUAGAAUUACAUGUCUGGGGCUCUGCCAACCAGAUAUCUGGGUUUUGUGCUGAAUCGAUCGCGGCGACGAUAUAUUUCAAACUUGCAACUUCGAGAAGUCAAUCGAAAACCGACCAUCGAAUUGUUCCAUCGGUUGACGCUGGGUAUUUGGAUAAUGUUUGUUAUGGGUUGCCGUUUUUGAAGGACACCACGAACGAUGGGAAAGUUGUCGAGGGGUACGAAAACAUCGUGAGAUAUUUGAAGAAAUUGAAUAUUGAGUACGAUCUCGACGCUUGGUUAUCGAACAAUAACGCUCUUUUGAAUACCGCGUGCAGCAACUUCAUUUCCCAAAAGCUUUUCUUGAUCAGCUAUUACAAUUAUUUUUUGAAUAAGUCGAACUACGAUAAAUUCACCAUCAAAUUAUUCCGGUUCUAUUUGCCGUUCCCAUUACAAUAUUAUGUCCCGGUAAGAUUAAAGGAGCGACUCUUGCAAAAAUGCGAGGUCAUUGGGCUAUCGUCAACUUCGUCAAACAAUUCAUAUUAUAAAACUUCGAAAGAACAGCAACAAAAUGAGGAAUUUGCUAAGGAAAAAAUGGAAAGAAUCGAAAAAGAGUUGAGCUUGCCGUCUUUGGGUAGUGUCCAUUCAGACUUGCAGAAAAAGAGACUCGAAAGUUUGCAGCUAUUAAAGGAUACUUCGGGCAAUUUCAGAGGAUUGAACUUAUUACAACAAUAUAUCGAAAGAAUCGAUAUCAAUGACACAAUAAUUCCUCAAGCCGAUGAAGCCAAUUCAAGCUCAACGUAUAUAUUUGGUGACCAGCCUUCUAGUUCUGAUAUUCUAUUGAUUGGGUUCAUCAUCAGUUCUUGCAAUGAGGCAUUGCCAGACCAGUUCUUGAACAGCUUGUUGCAAUUGAAAUAUCCAAAAAUCGCACACCUAGCUAAAGAUUUCAAGGAUAAAUAUGUAUUUUAUUAG